AUGGCGUUGUCCUUUGCCUUCCUUCUUUGGCAGCAGCCUCCGGCCUCCAACGGUGUGAGUUUUGUUGGCGCGAAGCCCAGGUCCGCUGUGGUACAGCGUGGCCCGGUGCUUUGCCGCCCAGCUCUUCCACGCCGUACCCCUCGGGCCUCUCAAAACGUGGCCACGUUUCCACGUCGAGGUCUUGCAUUCUGGGCAGUGCUUGGCUCCCUCGCCUCUGUGAGCGUUCUCGUUCCUUUUUUAAUCUUCCAGGGGAAGCUGACUCUCCACAUGGCCCUGUUGCUAAAGAAACUGGUCCAGGUGGCACAGGAUCACAAGUACAAACUCCAAGCUCUGUGUAUGCUGCCAUUUUUCAGACUCUUCUUGAUGUACGGUGGCUGUGGGGCUGUCACAACGGCAGUGCUGGUCGUGACACUUCGGCGAACGCUUGGGCAGUCAGGUCGCUUCUCAAGGUCCAAGGCAUGUCAAAACGUCAAGCCUUACGCUAUGACGAUCCAGCCAUAUCCAAAGCAUCCUGAUGGUUCGCCCACUAUCACCAUGGAAUCCUACCGCAAGUUGGAAGUGAUCGACCAAGAUGACCUUUACAAGAGUUUCGAUGGCUCCAGCAAAUCUUGGGAGAAACUGGCUGUGUGCUUGUGCCACAUGUCGAAGGUGGGCCACCCUUGGAAGUCUUUUGUGGCUAAGCUGCAAGGGCAUCCAGUCUUCCAGGCCCUCUCUGAGCGUGACAAGGUGACAGACACAUCUUUGUUCUUGUGGCUGCGGCACGUCUCGGAUGAGGAUGUAAAAAGACAUUUGAUGCGUGAACUCGUGAAACACCAGCCAGUGCCACUAGCAACCGCAUGGCCACAAAGAUGUUUUUUGGACGAACUCCUUUGGACCAUGCCAGAAGCUCCUGCCUUGGUAAGCUUGAAGCUGAAUUCUGCUGUGGAAGGUGUUUCCAAUGUUUUGAACCAGAUCUUUGAUACCGACUUCGCUCGCAAAGGGUCAAGAUUUGGAGAGUCUCAGCAUCCAUUUGCCCAGAUCCAAUUUGAUGCUGAUAUGAAACCCGAGAGCCGCCGGCACUUGGCAGUCAUUGACGUGCAUGGCACUCAGAAAGGAUCAUGGCCUCUGGAACUGGCAAAGUGCUGCCAGUUUCUGCUGGUCCACAUCAAGGAGAAAGACUUGAAGUCGCGUGAAGUUCAAUCAUUUGUGAAGGAGAUGUCCAAGAGUACCCGAUGCAAAUGUUUGUUCAUCAUGAUUUGGGAUGAAGUUUGCACGGAAGUGCACGAAGAUCUGCAGCAAGGCCUUGAGGUUCCAAAGGUCCGCAUUCUCCGCAUCCCAGCUUCAGAAGCAAAAAAUGCCACAGCCUCUGAUCCUGCCUCCAUCAAGAUGCGACAGCAGCUAUACCCUCAGCUGCAAGAACAUCUUGGCCAAGAGAAUCAGAACUCGUCUGAGGCAAUGCUUCGGGUGCAGGAUCUACGAAAUGUGAUGAAUGUGGACCAACCGCCACUUUGGGAAAGUUUGCGAAACCUUGCCACGUUCAUCGCGGAGAUCCUUUGUAACAAUGAUGAUGGCCUACUUCUCAAGAAACAGUUUCCCAUGGUGCAUCUCCUCAAAAAGCUGUGCAAGGUGGAGCGUGAUCUGACUUCAAGCAAAAAUGCUGACAACCGACAUGAAACUCUAGACCUCUUGGAAGAACGAGGUGAGCUGCAGCAAAAACAGAAGAUUGUGAAGCCCAGCCAUGUCUCUGAGGAAUUUGUGAAGAUCCUCAAUGCCAAAGAUAGUGAGGCCAAUCUUGAACAGCUCUACAAAUUUAUGGCUGAAGAGGUUGCGCGGCGUGGGAAGGAAGACGUGGAUGCGCAACUUGCCAUGUCUUACCUGCACAAAGAAGUCAUCCAAUUGUACUCUCACAGCGCGGAGCUGAACGACAAGGAUGGCAUCAUCCAAGCCUAUGAAAAACUUAUCUACAAGGGGAUGCCCUUUGAGAUUCUUGAUGGUGAUCACAUGCAUUUUCCUCGCAAAUUCCUUGAGGAUCUCUUCAAGUGUUUGAAGGAGCGUGUCAGGGAGAAGCAACUGCAAGUUUGUAGCACAGCCGGUCCUCAAAGCUCGGGCAAAUCUACACUCAGCAACCACCGAUUUGGCAGCCGUUUUGGUGUCUCCGCAGGUCGUUGUACUCGAGGAAUUUUUGGCAGUUUCCAGGUGACAGACGAUGCAGUGAUGUUGAUCCUGGACACAGAAGGGCUGCAAUCUGCGGAGCGAGCUGAUCCAGAAUUUGAUCGCGUCAUGAUGCUCUUCAUUUUUGCAGUGUCCAACUACAUCGACAUCACUGUGAAGGGUAACAUGACUGAGCCGUUGAAGAAGCUGAUUCAAGUCUGUGUCCAUGCCUGGAAAGAUCUGAGAGUCAACAAGGUAGCCCAACCAAACAUCCGAUGGAUCAUGAAUCAAGAGGCCGAUCAAGACCCUCAGCAUCACCACGACGCCUUUCAGAAGAUGUUUGAUGAACUGAAAGAAGUGUUCAGUUCAGAUGAUGUCAAGUCCCUACGAGAUGUCUUGAAACUUGACAACCCGUCAAUCGCAAUCGUGCCUACUAUGCAUUCUGAAUCCACCUUCGUCACGAAUGCAGAGCCUGAAAAGUUUACUCGCCUCAUGAAAGCAGACAGCUUUAACGAAACUUGUGCUGACCUUACUCAAACAAUGCUGCGCCACUUCCGCACAAAGAAGACGGAGGAUCUGUUUGGCUUGGAGAGUUGGCUCGACAUGUCCUUGGCAGUGUUCCAAACAAUUUCUACAUUUCCGAACCUCACCAGUCUGUCUGAUAUCAAACAGAUCAACCAGAGCAAACAAAUGAAGACUUGGAUUGAGAGGAAGAUGCACAGCACCUUCAGGAUUCCUGAGAAAAGGCAGAAACACGACAAAGUCAAGAUUGCUGUUUGGAAAGAGUGCCUUGAAGCAGCAGGUGCCGCUCCAAUUGACGAAGAGCUGAAGAAAAGGCUGAAGCAAGCUUUUGAUGAUGAAGUAGGAGACCUGAAGCAACAGCUUGAAGCUGAGAUGAAAAAAAGGAAGUGCGAUUCCAAGGUCAUAGACGACAUGUCCCAACUGCUUGGCUCGCUGAUCGGAAGGGAGUACUCAGAGUGGUUUCGUGGCGGAGUACAAGAAUGGCAGAAGUCAUUGGUACGUCGUGCGAGAUCACAAGGGCACGACAUGCUCAACUCAGAAAUCCGACGCUUGUUGAGAAGCCCUGGGACAGUUGGUGAUGAGGACCAAGCCAACAAGUUUUUCGAUCAGCUUUGGCAAAAGAUUUUGGAAGAGAUGGAGCACACACUUGACCGAGACCUUUUCGACAAACAGCUCUUCGAUGACAUCUAUGAAUUCUUUGCUGCGAAGGAGAGGACACACAAAGGCAACAUGUGGGAACAGGCAAAACAGAUGAAGCAGAAGCCCGAAGAUUCUGAGUGGAAAUCCUCUAAGAAACUCCUUCACCCCCUGCAGCCCUCACAGCAGGAGAAAGUCAUUGGCAAAGCUGAGUUGAGGAGCGAGUAUAAAUAUGUGAAGCUUCAAGGGAAGCUUUCCAGAAACCUUUGGAACCCAAACUUGUUUGGACCCCAUCUAGCAGACACACUUCUCAACAUGAUGACAAGGAUGAUGAAACAGUUUGAUCACUCGCGAGCAGAUUUUGCUCCGUCUGUUGAUUGGUGCAAAAUCCAAGAUGAAGUUUUGCAGAUCGUGACGUGCAACUUGCCAAGUGAUCCUCAGCCCCGUGUAAGAGACAUGCAAGAGAUCUAUCAAAAAGUCGGUGAAGUGGCAGAUGCAGUGAAUGCAGAGUUAUCAGAGUUUCAGCAGGAACUUUCUGUAUGGGCUCGUGGUGAAAUGGUCACCAAGGCUAUCGCCCACACUUGGCAAUCUAUGAGCGAAGCAGCUUGGCAAGAACACAUGAAGCCCAUUGAGGAGUUCAAGGCAGAAGAAACCAAGCAGCGGAAGUACUUUUGCUCCCAGGUCUUGCAAUGUUCGGAGGCUGAUCAGGAGAUGGCCAAGACGUGGAUCGCAAGUAUUGUGCAGAGUCUUUCUGAAAAGCUGUCGGUUGAUGCUGCCAAGAACGUGGACAUGGCGACUGCCGAGCGCCAAGAAUCACUUAGCAGAGAAGCCAUUGAGGGGGGGUUAGACCAGCUCCUUGGCAGUGAUGACUUGGACAAGCAGGAAGAGUACAUCCUCGAUCCAAAACAAACGCUUGAGAAAGAACUCCAGCGUAGAUUUGCUGCUCAAGUGGGCCCAGGGAUCAAAAGGAGGCAGGAGGAACUAUUGGCCAAGGUCAGAGACAAGGUGGGUUUUCUCCGCUCUGAACUGCGCAGCCUCCGUGACAAGUCAGACCUACAGGCUGAAAAGGCACUUGUGGAAGCGCAGGACUUUGCAAAUGAUCCCUGUGAGACCGAGUACGCACGCAAACAAGCCCUUGCCAGAUGGAUUGUGGCAUUCCUCACCCUGGAUGGUGAUCUUCCUUCGAAGUGGUCUGUGGAUGAAACUGGGCAGCUGGUUGCGUGUGAUGAUAAGGCGGAAGAUGGCUGGCAGGUGAAGAUGUCUCAGCUAGUGCCGUGCACGGGAUCACCUGUGAAAGAUGAGUCCCUGAGGGGCUGGAUUCAGGCAGCGAACCUGGAAAGGGUUGGCAAUUUGCAUUACUUCGUGACCGCAGCAGUGGAGGAGUUGGAUCGGCAAAUGAAGGAUCUAGUUGUCUACCUGCAGGCUCAAGUACGAAGCAGUGUGGAAAAGAAGACAGAGGAACUCAAAGACAAGUUGAUUCCUUGCCCUGUGCGAUGCCCAUGCUGCGGAAGGCUUUGCGCCAAUCCUGACCCAAGUCAUACGGUCCACUAUGCUUGCGGACACUAUCCACGUGGCUUUACAGGAAGAUAUGUUCGGUUCUCGUCGGGCAAGGAGAUUGCUUCUACUCUUAUGUGUACGGAGAUGAAGGAAAAUACAAGCGUCUAUGAACCAGGGUACCAAAAGGCCAUCACGUGGAAGGAGUUCAAAGAGAAGCACGAGGACUGGGAUUUCGGUGAAUCAGAUCCUGACCGGCAUGACUUUGAAGAAAAGGCUCAAAAAGCAUGGAAGAAAGUGGGCCCUCGGUUUUGCAAAAGCUUUCGAACAACAUUCACAGAAUACGGAGAGCAAAGUGCGUCCACUCCUCGCUCUCGGCACUAUUUGUUGAUCCUUGAUGCUUCUCGUUCUAUGAAUGAAAAAGGCAAGUGGACCGGAGUCGUGGAGGCCGUGAAUCAAAUGGCCCGCUCGGAGAGCGAACUGGCCUUGGAGUCCAAGUUCUCGGUGAUUUUGUUUUCAUUUUCUGCCAAGGUGGUCAUGUCCAACUGCACAGCUUCAGAGAUAUUGGAAUCGAAGUUUGGCCCGCCCUUCAAGGGCACAAACUUCGCUAACGCAUUCCAAUGCGCAGCUGACUUUGUGAGGGAGACGGAUUUUGCGGACCACUGCCCUAUGGUCGUUUUCAUGACUGAUGGAGAGGACCUCCACAGGGAACAGCAUGUCAUGGACACAGAAGGUCUGGAAGGCUCCCGAAAAGCAGCUAUUCGCAACUUGGUUGGUGAAUUCAAUGACAAGCAACAGCCAUGGGAUUUCAGGGCCAUCGCCUACGGCUCCAGCCCUGACUUUGACCUGCUUGAAGAGAUUGCUGAAAAGCACGUUGGCCGUGCAGCCGAGAGCAGCAAAUACAUGGAAGCCAGCUCUGCGUUGGAUCUCGUUCAGGCAUUCCUGGAGAUAGCUCAAUCUUCCCCCAACGUGCCUCCUGCUGGGAGUGAAGAUGGUGAAGGCUGAGAAGACGCUGAAGACCUUGAAAAUGGUGAAGACACACCUGAAGACCGACCAUUGCCCAUGCAGGCGAAGGUGUUGCAGUCCUGAGCUGUGCCAACUCCAUGCAUUUGAAUUCACACUUCAGCAUUUAAAGCUAUUUACAGCACCUCUGGCAAGCAGCCAUGCCAGACCUGUGCUGAUUGGCUGCAUCAUACAGCAGAUGCAAAAUUCAUCCUACGUCUUCCCUCUGGAAGCAGCUUCCAAGAAUUGAAAGAUGAUACCGG